AGACCCAAUUGGUUCCUUUUAUUAAUUUAAGUCUCUUGCUUUGGGGAUAAUUAUUAAUCUUUCCCAAAAAGUCACUGUAAGCUCUUUGCCAAUAUUCAUUUUUUGCCCAUAAGAAGAAAUUUCCUCAUUAAUAAAAGGUACUACAAUUUCUACUGGAUCCAUUCCUGUCAACUGACAAAGUCAUAAUUUUUCUUUUAGAAUCAACUCAGAAAACUUUUCCAUAUAAGUUUUUCAUUUCUUACUCUGUGUGGUAAAAAAAAUCCAUUUCAAGAUAAUAUCUUUCUUCUGCAUUGAAAUCCCUGUAGAGGAGUGCAUAGAGAGUAAUAUAACCAGAAUGCAGUCAGGCUCCAGAUCCACAUGAUCCAUAUGUGCAUCCUAUAAUUUCUUUCCCACCAAAGCCAAAUUUCUCUCAGCUUCCCCUGAUAAUUCUCAGGGACUAUUUAAAUAUUUGUCACCUUUUAAGGUUUCAAACAAAUUGCUCAGUUUUGAAUUUUUUACUCCAAUAGUGGGCCAUAGAUUGGCAAUGUCUCCUAGCAAUCUUUGAAAGUCAUUAAGAGUCUGUAAUCAGUCUCUUCUAAAUUGUACCAUUUGGAGUCAAAAUUUUAGUAGACAUAUUUUAUAUUCUAAGUUAUUAAUAGAAUUUCCUCUUUGUAUUUUUUCAGGAGCAAUUUGUAACCCCCAAAUAGGCAAAACUUUCUUUACUUCUUCAAACAUUUUUUAAAGUAGCUACAUUUGAAUCAGCUAAUAACAUAUCAUCCAUAUAAUGGUAAAUUAUAGAUUGUGGAAACUGUAUAUGAAUUAUUUCCAACAGUUGUUGUACAAAAUAUUGGCACAGGGUGGGGCUAUUUAUCCUUCCUCAUGGGAGAACCUUCCUUUGAUAUCUCUUAACAGGCUGAGAAUUAUUAUAAGUAUGCACUGUGAAACUAAAUUUUUCCCUAUCCUUUUCUUAUAGAGGUAUAGUGAAGAAGCAGUCUUUUAAGUCAGUAACUAUAAUAGGCCAUCCUUUAGGUAACAGAGAAGGCAAAGAAAUUCCAGGCUAUAGAGAGCCCAUCAGCUGAAUUACUUUAUUUAUGGCUCUUAAAUCUGUUAGCAUUCUCCAUUUUCCAGAUUUCUUUUUAAAAAUAAAUACAGGAGAAUGCCAAGGCCUGAUUGAUUCAUUAAUAUGUUGAGGUUUAGCUGCUCCUGAACCAGCUGUUUUAAGGCCUGUAGUUUCUCUGAUGUCAAAGGCCAUUGCCCAACCUGGACAUGUUUGUAAGUUAACCAUUUUAAAGGUAGGCUAUUGGUACCUCUGAGAGAUCAACAGCUGUUGUGCCCUGCUUUUGUGCAGCCUAAAUGGUCAAUGACUGUUUUUUAUAGUACCUUAUAAUAUUCUUUUCAGAAACAUGAAUUGGUUUAUGGUUUGUUUUUGAGAUUGGAUGAAUGUUAACCUAGGUAUUACAUUGCUAUCAUGACCCCAUAGAUUCAUUGCUAUCUUAGCCAUCUAUGGCCUUAAUUUUCCUCUCUGUCCUUAUGGUCCUAUACAUUCAACCCAUCUCAUGCUUUGUUUUUACCUGAGAUAGAGUUCCAAUCCCUAAAAACUGAAUAUCUACCUCCUGAAGAGGCCAAUUUGGAUGCCAUGAUUCUAGUGAAAUUACAGUCAUAUCUUCCCCUGUGUCCAAGAGACCUUCAAUUACAAUGUCACUUACUUGGACCCUUUGUUUUGGUCUUUAAUUAUUUAUAGAAGUCUGCUAAAAUAUUCAUUUCAUGGUUUCUCCUGGAAUUUUUGACUCAUCUUCCAAAGCUGUUCUAUCAUCCAGAGCAGUAUGUGUAUUACAAUAGGCUCUGGAUCCUCUAAGUGUUCUAGGGAAGAAUUUCCUCCACUGUAACUGGGAAUGACUAGACCACAUUCAACAUGGGGGCCUGUGAGAGGCCCCCCAAGGCAUUUCCUGAUGGAAAAGGUUUGCAUUGUUUGACUCUUAUUGAUCUGUGUUCAUUGGUCCUAUGUCAGCCUUUGCCACAUCUUCUACAUAAUCCAGAAGGUUGGGGUCUUCUAUUUGCAUUAUCCCUAGAAGAAACAUUGUUUCUAGAAAUUCCUUAUCUACAAUUUCUUCUUAGAUGGCCUGGUUUACCACAAUUAAAACACUUGCUGUUUUGAUGUGUCUUCAGGCCUUUGGAAAUCACCUCUCCUAUCCAAGCCUCAUCACCAUAGUUAAGAGACUCAAUAUUGACAGUGUUUUAAGUCCAUUCUUCUGUGGGUGCUGAUCUGAUUUUUAAAGUUCCAAUUAUCUUUUUUUAAUUCUAAAUUAGCACUCAUCUAACUUCUGGAUCUGAUAUCAUUCUAUUUCAGCUUUAGUCAAUCUUCCCAAAAAGUUAGUGAAGGGUUAUUUUGAACAUUGUAUAACUUUAAUAAAUGGCUCAGUUCUUUUUUCCUGAUUCUUGAAUCUUAUACUAAGCAUUUAAGGCUGCUGUAUGGCACAGGGUCAGUGACUGUUUUGUAUAAUACCUUAUAAUAUUCUUUUCAGAAACAUGAGUUAGUUUAUGUAGCCUAAUUAUUUACAUAAGCAUGAUGGUCCUCAUCAUGUAUUGAUCUUGGGAAAUCUGAAAAUCUCUAACCUCACCUUGCUGUUCAAGGGCCUUAGCUUCUUCCCUCAACCAGCUUUUCCAUUCUAACUGAACCAGCCUUUCCAUUCUAACUGAGGACCAUAUUCUAAUACUGCUGAGACUAAUUGAUUCCAGUCAUUUAAAGUAAUUUUGUUACUAGAGGACCACAUAUUCAACAUCUGCCUCACAUAUGCUGAAUGCAUACCAUAGGAAACUAUUAUUUCAUAUGAAUAGGUUCUCAUUUACAUUUUGUAUAUCCUCCAGGGUAACUGUUAUCUGCUGACCUUUCAUAAGCAGUAACAGAAUAAAUCAUGGCAGGUGUGAUAGCAAUCCUAGGCCUAGCCAUGUGUGGCAGUGGGCCCUGCCAGGGCCAUUUGGGGUCAGGCCACAUGGGCACCAGGUAAAGUAAAAUGCAAUUGAAGUCUGGUCAAUAAUUUACUAAGGGAUGAAAUGGGAAUUACAAACUCAUGUAUACAGAAUGAAGUGGUACCAUUGCCUCCUUGUCCAUCAUGGAAGGACAGGGAAAGCUCCAUACAAGCUCACCAACCCAUGGCACCAAGAAACCUUCUACAUCCUAGAGAGAGUGUGUGACCCUCCUCUUCAGUUAUUAUCUGGUCAUGUACUCAGAAGAGACCACACUCCAUAGGGAUAGUCACCCCAAUUGACUAAAUGGAUCAAAUUUCCACAAUAUAAGUCUAUACCUUGUCCUAAAGAUAUUAUAUUUAGUAACAAUUAUAUGAACUCACAUUCUAUGUGCCACAAAUUGUCCUAGUGGUGGAGCUUGCAUCUGUGAAGAAAACCAAGGAAGAGUGAGAAAAAUAAUAAAUUUACAAAGUGAAUUAUAUGAAUUAUAUGUGUGUUUAAGGGAAGUGGGUGCUGUGAUAGAAUAGCAGAUGCAGGGGUACUGGGUUUUGGCACAUUGAGGUUAAUUUUUUUCCCUAGGGUGGUUAGGGAAGGUCACAGAGUCAGGAACCUUUGAACAGAAACUUGAAAGAGACAAAGGACAAAGUUAGAAUCUAAAUCUCUAUUACAAGCAGAAUUAGAGAAAGGAAGGGGAUUCUAGACCAAGUGGGAGAUAACAAAAGUAAAACAAGAGCCAUGGGGCAUAGAGGAAGGAAUGAUCCCUGUGUAGGCCCUGGAGCCAGGGGGUUCCCCAGACAGCUUAUGUAAGAAACCUAGUUGGGACUGGAAGGCAGGUACAGUGUAGAGUUGGCUAGGUUGAAUAUGCACAUUGGAAGACAGUUUGGGGCUGUCACUCAGCAGUCUGUCCCCCAAAACAUGAAAGUUUCAAUAAUAUGACUGGAAAGGUUGAACAUUUAAGUUCAUUUCCUCUCAGAUCUGAGGGUGGUGUUGGGAGGUUGUGUUUUAAUAGUCUUGGGAUUAGUGGAAUUGAGUUGGCAGGUGUCCUUGGAGGCUGAACGGUAGGGUGGUUCUUGAAGAAAAUGACCAGUACAUGGCAAACAAUUAUCCUUAACCUAGUCUACCCCAGGCCUUUUCUGUCUUCAAGUCACCACAUUGCAGAAGAACCAACGAUUCAUAGAAUCACUGCUACAGAAUGGAGCCAGGAUGCCACCUGGUCCACAACCUGACUCCUUUUUGUCCAGCCACAAGUCCCCUGAUAGUGUCAAAUCUGUUGAAACUCCAUCUCCAGGGCACAGGAUCAGUAUAUUGCCCCUUUAACUUCAUAGCUGAUAUCAUUAUUUCUGUCCUGGAGGCCCAGUGGACAGACUGCACUGCACCUGGCUUUGGAAAUGCAGGAGCAUAGCAUGGUGCAGUUCCUGGUCCAAGCUGGUUCUCAAGUAGAUGUCACUAUACUCAAUGAAUGAACACCUGUGGACCUGGCAACUGGGUAGGACAUCAACAGCAUCUCAUCCUCUGUGAGGCUGUUGCUAACUCCCUGAUGCUGACUAUGGAAGAUGAUGCCCCCCAAGACCUGUGUGAGAUUCUAAGAGAUAUAUUCUCUGCCUGGCAUGGCCUCCCAACUAUAACAUGGGCACUUCUAUUAGGGAAAAGACCCCACUACUUAACAGUGGUCAGGUUUUAGAUGUGACUCAGUUGACACGGUGCUUGCCUAGGAUAUGGUUCAAUUACCAGCACCACAUAAAGUGACAUAUACGUGUUAUUCCAGCACUUGGGAAAUGGAGGAAGGAGGAUCAAAAAGCAAAGAUCUCCAUCUGUGCAGAAAGGUCAAGGCCAGCCUAAGCUACAUGAGAUCCUCCCUUAACACCUCUAUUCCCAAAAAAACUGCUGGGAUAGAACAGAAUUGCUUCUCACCAACUGAGGCAUCUUUAGCUGAUUUUUGCCCUAGUCAGACAGUUUCUUUAGCAGGUAAGGCCUCAGGAGCCCAAAUAUGUACUAUCCAACAGGAGUGAAUCACUGAAGCUAUCAGAUGGAAGACAAUAAAUGGUGAGGCCUGUAAGAACUCAAAGAACCAUGCCUCAGCACAUGUCAGCAUAAACAUCACCAAAUAUCUGAAACUACACAUGUAUACCUCCCAUUUCCAGGUCUUGAAUUUUUUUUUAGGUGGGAGAAUAGUUUGUUUUUGUUAUGAGACAACUGAUAUUUUACAUACAUAAUAAUAUUCAGUUGGGCCAGGUGGCAUAUGCCUUUAAUUACAGCACUCAGAAGAUAAAUGUCAGCAGAGCCAUGUGAGUCUGAGGUCAGCCUGGUCUACUCGGGGAAUUUCCUGACAGUGAAUCCUGACAGACAGAGUGACAUAAUGGGAAAACUAAACAAACUAAAUUAUGCCAAACAUCUCAUAAUUACCCUUCUACACCCACAAAACAGCCACAAAAAGUAGCAAAUAGAUUGAGUUACCUCUUAGACACUCCUAGCCCAUGCUGAAUAAUUUUUAGCAGAGCUUGUCUGAAACUUUGAAGCUUGGCCAUACUCAGACCACACACUACCUGGGAAGUCAGUAUGACUGAGUCCCCUGUUGGUCUUCAGCUCUGGUGGGAAGAGCGCUGCCUAGCAGCUUUCCUGGGAUCUUGCUGCAGCAUCUCAUGACACUAAACCAGUUCCUCUACAUUCUCUUUCUCAGCACCUUUCUUCUUUGCCUUUUGAUGAUCUGAAAAUCUCCAGGAAGCCACAGCAAUGUACUGACUGAAGACUGGACAGGGCUCCCACCUUCUUCUACCUGGAAGCUAGAGCCACAGCUGAUACAACUGGGACUCAAAAAUGUGCUCCUUUACUGGCUAGUGUAGUCCUAAGUUACAGAAAGAAUAAGGAGAAAUGGACCAACACAGGUUCUGAUGAUUAUAAAUUCGAAGCAAGUACUUCCUGUAAGUGAGAUGGCUAUUAAAAUCAUAAACAUGGCUAUAAAUUGCAAUUUGUGCUGGGAAGGGAAGCACUAGCAGGGAGAAGGAAAAUAAAGUAGGUGGAGGACCAUGCUUUGGGUGGCCAAGGGAGCUUCAGAUUCUUAUUAUAUAAAUCAGGACAUAGGAUGUGCAAAGAAAAGGACAGAGAAUUAAGGGCAGGAAGAGAAAGCAAGCCAGCAGGAUUCUACAGGUUGGGUGAGUGGCUGAGAGAUCAUUGUUAAAAAAAAUGGAAAACUAACCUAAGAGGAAGCUCUUUGGCCUGUGUCUUAAGGUUUCCAUUUCUGAAGAGACACUAUAAACACAGCAACUUUUUAUAAAGGAAAGCAUUGAAUUAGGGCUAGCUUGUAGGUUCAGAGGUUUAGUUCAUUAUUAUUAUCAUGGUGGAAACCUAGAUGGUGCAAAGGCAGACAUGGUGGUGGAGAUAGAGCCAAGAGUUCUACAUCAAGAUCUAUAGACAGCAGAAAGAGAGACCCUGGGUCUGGCUUUAGCACCUGAAACAUCAAAGCCCACCCCAGUGACAGAUUUCCUCCUAUAAAUAUAAACAUAUUCCAACAAGGCCAUACCUCCUAACAGUGUCACUCCUUGGUCACCCAGCAUUCAAAUCUCCGCAUGUAUGGGAGACACUCUUAUUCAAACCACCAUCUACUCAUAUAUUCACAAAGCUUGUCCACUAAGUGGCAAUGGUCAUAACUAUGUUUGAGGUGCCAAGGGUUGAUGGCUGUGUCCAAGCAGGGUAGAAAACAAGAAAAUCUUCAGUACUGAGUUUCCCCAAAGAAACUAUGCCUUGACUCCCUCCUGGCCUGGACCUUGCAGACUCUCUGAUGAUGUAGCCAUAUUGGAGGCUGAGAGGUAUAUGGAAACCAGUUAAAGCUUAUGGCACUUCCAGGGCCUCCCUGGCUGCUGCACCUGGGCAGCAGAGGAAGCUGAAAGAGCAGGCAUUUGCCAUUUUCCCCUCCUCCCAUGCUAAAGUGGGGGAGUUGGGAAGCAGGAUGAAGCACCAAGUUCCUGACACGCAUGGGAAUUUCAGGACCCAGGUUGGAUAAUAGGAAGCCUGGGGCCUAACCUCCCUGAGAAACCUGCCUUACCCAGGGAGGAUGUAGGAAUAUGGCUCUGCAGAUCAAGAAGGAGAGGAGCAUAUUGCCUGAGUUGCCUUUAUAUUGGAGGGUACAGAGGUAACCUAUGUGGCCAGACAGGAGGACUGCUCCUCUGCUGGCAGGAUGUUCUGCCCAGCCUGCCAAGACCCUUAAGAAAGGGAGAUAGAGGCUCUUCAUCUGUCCUGUUGGGCUGAAGCAGAGGGGACAAGGAGGGCACUGGGCACUUCCCUGGUAUAAUCUGCUCAGGAGGGCAGAGGGGCUGAAGAGCUGCAACCCUAAUCACUGCUUUCAUCACUCUGGUUUCCUGUAGUUUCUCAGAGAUGCUGGCUCAAGAGCAAAGUGUUUUCCCAGUAUCAGAGAAUACAGUAGAGCAUUGGAGCCCUGGAGGCAGCCUCUUUUGCCAUAAGAGCCUUAUACACCUUUCCAUUAAGCUGGUUCUUCUGUGCUACUGCAUGGAGGUGACAAUUGUGGGUCUGUUGCAGAGGUAAUUCAGAUAUACAACCUCUUACCAUUUCUGAUAUCUUGACCUAGGUGCUGGGCACAAGUCCUUUGCUUGUCUGCUACCUUUAACACCCAUUCCUCAAACUAUGAGAAACUGAUUCAGCCAGAGAAUUCCAAGCUCUAACACUGUUUCUCUAGCAUAGUGAAAACACUUUUGUGCCAGAAUUGAUAGCCCUGACUAGGCCCACUGCGAAUCUUCAUGUCCCUUGAACAAGUUUUGGUAAUUGGAAAUGUCACCUUUUGUUCGCAUUUGAAUAAACUGCUGCAGUGACAUGGCCUUGUGUUUUCAUUGGCUGAAGCAGUCUCAAAGGGCAGUAUUUGAAGUUCAAAACACUGGACAAGUGCCUUUCUCAUCACCUUCCAAUACAACCCAGAAAAAGCUCACGCAUCCUGAGUGUUACUUUACAAGGAGAGCAGGACUGCAUAGAAAUUUUAAUGUCAGAACAAAACAAAAGAAACAAACAAACAAAAAACACAAUGCACAAUACCCAACCUGCUAUACUUGUGGAAGGUUAUUUUCUUGCCUUAAGGCAGUAGGGCAGAAUAGAAGAGAUCCACUGAAUUUAAGAAAGGAGCCAAGUGGGUUAAAGCAAGUCAAGCCUGCUGGGGGAGCCACAGAGAAACUCAACAAAAGCUACCAGCUCCCAAGGGAGGUCUGUAAUCUUGGUGCAUACCAGAAACACCCUCAUCACCUUCAAGUGUCUGGUAGGGUCACUUCAGGAACAACAGCACUGGGAUCCUCUGCUGUCACCUUAUCAUCAUCAGUGCCUAAAAAGUAAAACAUGAGAUUUGAGCCAGUUGUCAUUAAGUCUGUCCAAGGGGUCAGGCAGUUACACAACUUGCCACCUAUAGCUCAUAAGACCCCAUAAUUCACCCAGACUUAGUUUGAUCAUGCAGUAGAUAGUAGAUGCAGUUCGAGGGGGUCUGGGAAUCCUCAUGGAUGAAACCAGGGAAGACCAGAGCAGUUUCAAACAGCAGUAGCACCAGGUCUUUGAGAGUUUUGUAACUUUGUCAACCUAAGCCAGUGGAUGGAAGCUCCACAAUAGGGUGGGCAUGAAUGAUUUCUCAGUGCCUUUUUGGUCACCAGGUACCCUAUUGUAGAAUUGUCUUGAAGUGCUUGGACCUUAAUGAUCUGUUCCAUGUUUCCUGUUCAGCCAUAGGUGCUUGUCAUAAUGAAGCAGGGUGAAGACACAAGCCUUUUGGAGAUUGUCAUCUGGGGACAAUCCAAAAACUUUUUUUGAUACAGAGGCUCACGUUGUAGUUUUGGCUGUUCUGUAACUGCUAAUGGGCUUGGUUUUCUUAGUCUUAUCUUUGCCACUGUGAUCUUCAACAUCUGUUCCCACAUCUUCAAUCUUAGACUUCUCUUCCCUCAUCUUCCUCUUCUUUCUCACUUUUCUCUUCCCUCAGCCUGAUCUUCAGUGAUCUCCCUCUCUCCUUCCUUCUCCAAUUAAAUCAUCAAAUGUAUUAAUGAGACAUGGAGAACUGAGGACCAGCAAAACCAGAGGUCUUGCUCAGACUGCUCAGACUUCUAAGCCCAUACUCACAUAGAGAGUGGUGGGAUAGCUCGUGAACUGUUUCUUCACCACUUCCUUGACCCUCCUCUUGACCCUAAGCAUUCUGUCUAAUUGUCUUUUACUUUACCUUUUUUGGUUGUUUUUCAAGACAGGGUUCUCUGUGUAGCCUUAGCUGUCCAGGAACUAGCCUGGCCCCAAACUCAAAAGAUCUUCUUCCAUCCGUGUGCUGCAAUACCACUGUCCAGCCUCUCUGAUUUUCUAUGAUGUGUAGAAAUCACAUUGGUUUCACAGUCAAUGGGUAUACCUGUAUAACAAUUAAUUAUAAUAAAAUAUGAAGACAUGGAAUUCAAACUUCAACUAGACCACUUUAAAAUACAAUGCUCAAGACUUCUGAUUUACUCAGAGAAUACACCAAGCACAAUGCUCAUAGCCAGGUCACUGUGGUCUGCAUGAACUGUGAAGGAUCCACCAGCAGAGAACUCUGAGGCAUACUGCUCAUCAUCAGGGUGCUCAGUGAUCAUGACCACUUUCUCUUACAACAAAUAGAGUAAAAUCCAGCCCCAUACUGCCCAAUCAUGGAGAUGCUUGCAAUAGCCAGUGAAAGGGUUUUAAAGUUAAGAGAGAGCCAGCAAGAUGACUCUGCAGAAGCCAAAGUUCUGAGGAACCCAACUGUCCAAGUUCUUCCCUGACCUCCAAAAGUACUCACUCAGCUGGGCGGUGGUGGCGCAUGCCUUUAAUCCCAGCACUCGGGAGGCAGAGGCAGGCGGAUCCCUGUGAGUUCGAGGCCAGCCUGGUCUACAGAGCGAGAUCCAGGAAAGGCGCAAAGCUACACAGAGAAACCCUGUCUUGAAAAAAAAAAACAAAAACAAACAAAAAAAAGUACUCACUCAAAAAAUAUACCACAUACACAACUCAAAAAAGUUUUGAAAAGUUAACAAUCCAAAAGCAGUAAUGAAUUGAGAGUGCUAUGGUUGAAAGGCUGCACACCUAGACAGCCUCCAUUAACAAUUUUGUGCCAGAAUUAGCAAUGGUUCCCAAGUCAGCCUUGGUCAUUCCAAUGCCUGUGUCUAGCAAGGCCAGCAUACAUCCCUGAGGGUUGGAGAUGAUGCCAAUUUUCAGCUUUUACUGUAGUCUAACUUAGAAGGUUCUCUUGGACUCUCAUAGUGAAUCUUGUCCCAGGCCUAUAAUUACAUACAUAUAGUCACAUUAUUCCAUUUGUAUAAAGUGUCCCUUCCCUUCCAAACUUGUGGCAGAUUUUUGGGAUCAACUGAUGGAUUAUUCCUGUCAAUCACCCCCACUAAGUAUCCCAACACACAUCAAUUCUCCCACUUCUAUAAACUUUUAAAAAAUACAACAGAAUACUCCCAUUUGAAGCAUUAGAAAUCAACUCCUGUAGGAAACUUUUCUUCUUGGAAUAUAAAGUAUUGAUGAUGAGGGACAUGAGGUGAAUGACUUCUGCAAAGUUCUCCACCCCUUUCUCUGGCAUUUAUGAAUGAAAAGAUCAUGUAGUACCAUGGAUCACAAAGGCUGCACCUUGUAAAAUAUUAAAGCUAUUCUUUUACAAUUAAGUGACCUUAUUCAGAGGCAAAGUUAAUACUGCUUUAAGUCCCAAGGGAUGAGAACAGACAUUUUUAAAACAUGUUAAAACUUUAGUGAAAAAGGAUCAAGAGUGGAAAAUAUUCAAACAAUGGUUCUUGAACCAGUGGAAAGUCAGACUCCCUGGACUGUAUAUUAAAGCUAGGCUAGGUGGCACAGAACCUUAACAUCUGCCAAUACAUUUUGGAAAAAAAAUCCGAAAUUAUAGUUAACUAGAUUGAGAACUACACACAAUAGCUGUGCACUUGUAAGUGGGUAGAUUGUUUAACAGAACUUUUUCAUCAUUUGGGUAAAGAAAAAAACUAAGAAAAAAAGUGGUCAUUUCUUUUUGCUGUUCCCCAAGGGCCUAAGUUGAUGAAACAGUUGUUCAGUGCCACCCACUAGGGAAAAAGAACCCCAGAGCAUGGGAGUGGAGAUGCUCAGUGUGAAGGCAAUACAGACUCCAUCUUAGGGAAAGGCCACCAUCUUAGACCACCUGCUGUACUCAGUUCCAGGAAGGACCUCAGGAAUGUGCCUUGACAACUAGAACAGAUACAGGGCAGUAUGUUCCUGCAGACAUUCUGUCUGUGGUUUAUGGCCCUUGAAGAUAUCUAGAUAAUCCUGUUGAGCAGCCUAGAUAAUCCUGCUCAACAAACUGUGGUUUCUCUCCAAUAAGUCCAACCCAAUAGUUUCAAAUGUGGAUUCACACCAAAAGUCUACACCAAUAGUUUUUAAAAAAAUUAUCUUGCCCUAUAUCCCUUCUACCCAAUCCCAAGUUGUCAAAGCAUGUAAUUUCUGGCUUGUGGUUUUCCCCUUUAAAAACUCUUCACCUGUGGACUGCCACUGCUGCUGCAUUUUCCUCCUCUGCCUGGUGGUGGCCCAGGUUUGAUACUGACAAUUAAAGGACCCUUAUGUACUUGCAUCAGAAACCUGCUCCUUGGUGGUCUUUGGGCAUUUCUCAAAAUGGGUACAAUACUCAGGGGGCAAUUAAAUCAGGACAAAGAGCCAAUGAGGCAAAAGCUCCACCGUGACUGCUCUCUGAAGACUUGCAUAGACUUCAAAACAAGUAAAAUAGUUACUGACCCUGCCCAGCUAGCCAAGUCAAUGCAGAGCAUGCUUGGGAAGGAACCACAAGGGGAUGAGGCACCGUUGUACACCUUUCCACCGCUCAACAUCUAGUCACUGCUGUGGGGACCCAGAAGCUUCCACGACAAUCCUCCUCUUGGAAGAGGAGGAACCUAAGAAUCUUCUGUUUCUGCCCUUUCACCAUUUCUCCUCUUCCUCCCCUGGGAGCUCAGAAAAGAUCUAGAAAGGGAAACUGCAGUGGGUUCAAGCAUCCCUCGCCAAACCUUGGAUCCCUUGCCCAAACCAAGCACAUUCGGAAAGGCGUCCAGGACAAGCGCCAGAGCCAACCUUGCUAGACCAUGCUGCAUCAUGUAUAGAGCAGACCACCAGUGAGCAGAGGCUUCAGACCCAGAUGCUACAUCUAGGAGGGGACAGCAUAAAUGGGUGUGUUCAGUUUAGGUGGCUCCAAACAAUGGGAGCGGCCACCUGGACAGGAAAGGCUGAGUUUCCACAUUGUGAACUGCUGAUCUAGUCGCCCCGGGGAGUCUUGCAUCAGGCUUGCACUGCAGAUGGCCAAACAGCUGGAGACUUCCGGGCUCCUCACCACACAGGUUACCUGGAUGAUGGAAGUCUUUGGGACAACAGAUAAUAUCAUGGGCAGGCUCUUGGAAAGGAGUCUCCAGAGUGGCCAGGGACAGGCCGCCAAGGAUUGACAGUAGGACAGAGUGGGGUGGUGGAUCGACUCUCACACAAAACCCUAGCUGCGUGGGGGUAACUGUAGAGAGCUCUCCCACAUGCGCCAGGACCUCCAUUUUAACUAGGAGUCUCCUCUCUAGCUCCUCCUUCAGAUUCUUCUGCAUUAAAGGAGUGGGUGGCAGCUGUCCACUCCCUGACAUCCCAGGAGCAGCAGAACCCUGUGUGUGUGACCUGGAAAGCUUUUCUCUAGCUACCUUUGGAGGAAGAAGCCACGUUGGGAGUACCGUGAUUUCUUCCAAUAGUGCCGUGCCAGGGCCUGAUGCCAAGGGUCUAUUGACAUUCAGGGAUGUUGCUGUGGACUUCUCCCAGGAGGAAUGGGAAUGUCUAGAAUCCUCUUGGAGGGACCUAUGUAUUGAUGUGAUGUUGGAGAACUACAGGAAUCUAGCUUUUGUAGAGUAAUAUGGGAGAAAUAUAUGAACAUCUUGAAUCAAGGGUCAAAGCUCAUUAUCUACCAUUCUGUGAAUAUCCAAGAGAAGUCUCAUGAAUUUAAUGAGAUUGGCAAAAUGGCCCACAAAUUCUCCCAAUGUACACCUUAUAACACAAGUGAUCUUACAAAGAAUUGCAACAAGUAUGGAUGUCGUAACUAUGGGGAUGCCUCUACUAAAUCAACAAACCCAAAGAAUACUAAAAGUGGGAACACUGGAGAAGAAUGUUGCAAGUAUAGAGACUGUGGAAAACAGUUAAAUUUGUGUUCUAUCACUAGUGAAAGACUUCAUACUAAAAAGGAACUACACAAAACUGUGGACUGUGAUAAAUCAUUUGACUCUAAACACACACUCAUACUGAAAGAAAACUCUAGUGUAGAGAAACUACACCAAUGCAGGAAAUGUGGCAAAUGCUUCAAGUCGUACUGGAAUCUCAGCAAACAUCGUAGAUCUCAUUCUGGAAAGAAAUUCUACAAAUGUAACAAAUGUGGAAAGUGGUUUUACUUGUUAUAUCAGGCUAAAAUCCAUUAUAAAACCCAUAGUAGAAAGGCACCUUACAAAUGUAGUGAAUGUGAAAAAUGCUUUUUUCAGAAAGACCAACUUUUGACACAUCAGAAAAUUCAUACAAUACAGAGACCUUUCAAAUGUAAUCAUUGUGAGAAAUGCUUUGUACGUGCUGAUCGUCUUAGAGUACAUCAGAGAAUUCAUUCGGGAGAGAAACCUUUCAAAUGCACUGCUUGUGAGAAAUCCUAUGCGUAUGCCUCAGAUCUCAAAGUACAUCAGAGAAUUCAUAAAGGAGAAAAACCAUUCAAAUGUAGUGAUUGUGAGAAAUGUUUUACACAUGCCUCUUGCCUUAGAGUACAUCAGAGAAUUCAUACAGGAGAGAAACCUUACAAAUGUAGUGAAUGUGGGAAAUCCUUCAGACAGUUUUCAAAUCUUACACAGCAUCAGAUGUGUCAUACAGGAGAGAAACCUUACAAAUGUAGUGAAUGUGAGAAAUCUUUUGCAUAUAUGUCAAGCCUUACAUAUCAUCAGAGAAGUCAUACAGGUGAGAAACCUUACAAAUGUAGUGAAUGUGAGAAAUCAUUUUCACGUGUCUUCAUUCUUAGAAAACAUCAGAGAAUUCAUACAGAAAAUUGACCUUUCCAAUGUAGUGAUUGUGAGAAAUUCUUUAAAUAGGAGUACAAACUUAGAACACAUCAGAUUACCCAUACAGGAGUGAAACCUUACAAAUGUAGUGAAUGUGAGAAAUCCUAUACACAAGGGUCAAGUCGUAGACAACAUGAGUUGUAGAUAACAUAUAGGAGGGAAAACUGUGAGUGUAGUGAAGGUACCAAAGUCUCUAUCUGCCUCUCACUUCUCAGAAUAUUUGAAAAACUUCAUCCUGGAGAAAGAAGCUUCCAUAGUAAAUAAUGUGGCAUAUAAUUCACACGAAGAUCUGUAAUCAGAGGUCACUACACUGCCAUACAAUUGGAACAUUAUGAAAAUGAGAUAUUUUUGAAAGCCUUUAAGUAAUAUGCAAAUCUUACAAAGCAUGAAGUUUAUACUGAGGAAAGUUUCUGAAAAUGUGUCAAUGUAGAGCAAUUUUCAUUAAAACAUGAUACUUUUUCAACCUCAAAUAUUGCAUAAAAAUGAAAAGUAAAGAAGGCUCGACACUGUGCUAUAUUAUAUCAAUUUUCUGGGGUCUGAAAUAUUCCAUCCUUAAUAGAAGUUGAUUAACCAGGAAAUAAAGACUUCUAAUCAUUUCAGGAAGUCCAAGUAAACUGACAGAAUUCACCAUCCUAAACUUUCUGAAGAAAUGGAGACCAGCCAUGCUGCUUAGAGAAGGCACUGAUGAACUGAGUCUCCUAGAAAAGAUGCUAUGCAACCUGUAGAUAUAUCUCCAGGUGUGCAGUGAAUUCUUGGUGUUUGGGGUUUAUAAACCCUAUCCCAUGCAGUGUUGGAUUUCAUGUUGACAACUGUUUUUUUCAGUCUGAUUUGUUCCUGUAACCAACUUGUUUCCAUAUUCCUUAAGAUAACCCAAAGAGAGCCUGUUAAUUCAACCAGCUUCAUCUCAGUGAUAUCCAUUCUUGGUUCUGUUUUCAAUGCACAUUUUGAGUGAGUAGAUGCAUAUGUGUGUUGCUUUUUCUCAGGAAAAAUAUAUCAUAAUAAUGAACUAACCUCAUUAAUAGUUCUUCCCAAAUAUCUAUGCAUCAGAAAAUUGAUAUCAGAGAGUAAGCAUUGAAAUGUUCACCAUUGUGUUAGAUAUGUGAUUCAUUGUACCUUAUAAAAUCCACUCUAAAGACUUCUAGAAAUGAAUUGAUGUUGUCAAAACCUACUGAUAAAAGUAAACUCCAGAAAGUUGAUCCUGAAAUAAACCAGUACACAAUCAUACAGUAAAAAUUUAUCUAUUAUCUACCUUCACCUUUAUUAUGGAAAGGAUACCUGCAAGUAGAAUGUGAGGAUUUUAAAGUUAUAACCUGUAAUCAUGACAACACACAUGUGAAUGAAAUAUCCAAGUGUGGGAAGCAAGUUAGUUCAUCAGUGCUCAUCUCAGAAAACCAUAAAUCAAUUUAAAGAAGAAAAUAAUCACAGAAAACUCACAUAGAAAUAGGAAGACAAACAGAUUUAGACACCAGACAAUUAAGAAUCAAAUGCAAUGUAUUAAACUCCGAUACAUUUCAAUGAGAAAAUUCUUCUUUGGAGUAACUGUGAAAUGUUUUUUUGAAAUACGUUUGAAUUACUAGUAUUGGAUUUGUUGAUUUGUCAACACAAUUGUAUAGUUAACCUAUAACAGAAACUCCUUUGACAUUUUUGAUUUUUGAUUUCUUUGAAUGUAGCUAUUAAUUUUCAAAAGUUUUUUUUUCAAUUUGUAAAUUCUCCCUUGCAGUUUCAUUUGUGGCCUUUCCUAUAGAAUUUGCAUUUUUUUAGUUUAAAUUUUUAUUUCAAAAAUGUAUUAGUUGAAAUAUAAUUACAUCAUAUCUCCCCUCACCUUCUUCCUCACAGCACCUCUCAGAUACGAUCCCUUAAGCCCAUUUCAUGUCCCUUCUACAUUCAAGUUUAUAGCAUUUUUUUCCUGUCAUUAUUUUUAAGUAUUUUAUCUGUGAGUCUGAUUUUGUCAUUUGUGUAUGUAUGAUAUCAAAAAUACUAUUCUGUUCUAUUGGAAAACCAUAAAGGGGGCUCAUCUCUGUGAAAUGCUGGCAGCAUAUGAGAGGAACAGCAAGCAACCUUGGAACUCAGACCACAAAUUUGCAGCUAGGAAAAUGAUGACAAGUGAGCUUGGAGAAUCAGAGCCCUGAGGAUUAUAUGUCCUCUAAACCUCAUGCUGUUACAGAGCAUAGUUCUGCUUAUUGCCUUCAUUCUUACAAUGUCCCUCAUCAUCUCUGAGGUUUAUGAAAACUUUAAGGAGGCCUCUCACCUUUCAUUGGGCAGUGCUACUGGUAUUUAAAAUAAUAGUGAAUGACUCAACCAACACUCUUAGAAAGAACUUAGAAAUGUAGAUUGUUAGUAAUGAUAGUUGUUUUUGUUAAUGCCUUUAAUAUAGAAAUCUUGGGAAACAAUUUAAGGGUUAGAAAGGCAUACUUUUAAUGGUUUGGUGAAAGAGCUGAUUAAUUACUUGUACAUAUUUUUGCCCUCUACUUCCUGAUAUGAUUUAAUAAAAAUUUAUUGAUGAAUGUGUGUGCACUCAAAGGAUUUAAACUAGAGAUAAGUGGUUGUUUUAAAUAUAUAUAAAGGAUAAGGUUUCUGAUUCAGAUUUUUAUAAAAUUACCUUUUGAGUUAAUAAUAAAGUGAUUGAUCCUUUCUUUGUAACAAUGAAUUGAAGACUGCCAGUAAAAAGAAAAGUGACUAAGAAAGAUGCCUUGCUUACACUUUGUUAAUCUAUAAUAAGUUGCUUAGACAUGAAUGUAUGUAGGUCUUUGACAAUAAAUUGGUUUUUUCACCUGCA